CUUUCUUAUUUAUUUUGUUUUGUUAUUUAGAAAGUGAGAUCUGUAAAUCUAUAGUUUUUUUUUUAAAUUGCUUCUAUGGAUCAAUACGCCUGUAAUGCUAAUCUUUUGGCUCGUUAUUUCGCAUUAAAACAGCCACAAAAUUGUGUACAAGUACAAUAUGUUUGGAUUGAUGGUCGUCAAGGUUUACGUGCUAAAACGAAAACGUUGAGUUUUAUUCCACAAGGUGUUCAUCAAUUACCUAUUUGGAAUUUCGAUGGCUCUUCAACUCGACAAUCGGAAGGAAGUAACUCUGAUGUGUAUCUAUAUCCGGUAGCAAUGUAUAUGGAUCCAUUUCGUGGUGGACAAAAUCGUAUUGUUUUAUGUGAAACAAUGAAAUAUGAUAAAUCUCCAUGCGCAACAAAUUCACGACAUUCGUGUAAAAAAGUUAUGGAUCAAGUUGCCGAACUGGAACCAUGGUUUGGUAUUGAACAAGAAUAUUCAUUAUUAGAAGGAUCGAAUCGAUCACCUUUAGGAUGGCCUCAAGGUGGAUUUCCAGCACCACAAGGUCCAUAUUAUUGUGGUGUUGGUGCGGGUAAAGUAUAUGGUCGUGAUAUUGUUGAAGCACAUUAUCGUGCAUGUAUGUAUGCCGGUAUGAAAAUUGCAGGUGAAAAUGCCGAAGUAAUGCCAUCACAGUGGGAAUAUCAGAUUGGACCUUGUGAAGGAAUACAAAUUGGUGAUGAUAUGUGGAUGUCAAGAUUUUUUUUACAUCGCGUUGCUGAAGACUUUUAUGUUCGUGUUACAUUUGAUCCGAAACCAAUCCCCGGUGAUUGGAAUGGUGCCGGUGGUCAUACAAAUUUUUCUACAAAAGCAAUGCGUGCAGAGGGUGGACUUAAAGUGAUUGAAGCAGCAUGUAAAAAAUUAGCAUUACGUCAUCGUGCACAUAUAGUAAAAUAUGAUCCAAGUGGUGGUGCGGAUAAUGCAAGACGAUUGACUGGUCGUCAUGAAACAUCAUCAAUUGAUCAAUUUAGUUGGGGUGUUGCUGAUCGCGGUGCAUCUGUACGAAUAAAUCGACAAACAUAUGAUGAAGGUAAAGGAUAUCUUGAAGAUCGUCGACCAGCAUCAAAUAUGGAUCCAUACGUUGUUUGCGAAAUGAUUGUACGAACAAUUUGCUUGAAUGAAACGGAUCGAUCUAAUGAUUAUAGACAGCAGCAACAGCAACAGCCGCAACAACAACAACAACAACAACAUCCGCAACCGCAACCGCGACCGCCACAGACACAACCACAGGUUCCGUUUCCAGCUAGAUCACAACCAUCACAGAAAUCAUCUAGCAACAAAAAAGUAUCAUCAUUGAGAUCAGCAAAUCAAAUUCAACCCGCAGCUGAUAAUGAAAAAAAUUAAAAAAUUUUUAAUUUUUUAA